CAGCAGACAGCUAACUGUUAACGGAUUUAAUUUAUCCCAGGUUGUGACGUGAAGUCAGACAUACAAUCACAUGGAGAAACUGACGAGGUGUUUCGUGUCGGUGCUGCUUCUGUCUGCGGUGCUGAGCUCUGUUUUAACUGUAGAGAAGUUUUUCGGUGAAGGACGUACACUGGUGCUGAGGCCUAACUUCUCCGAUAAUAUCUACACUGUCAUAUGGAAACUAAACAGAAAUCUGGUGGCAGAAUGGGUGGAAAAAAUAAAUGAUCUAACGUACUACGACGUGUUUGACGGCCGAACGAACCUGGACAAAGAAACUGGAACAUUGGAGAUCAGAAAUAUGAGUUCAGCUGACAGUGGGUUGUAUAGAGUGGAAAUCAACAACAAGGUCCUGCCUGAGAGCUAUAAUGUUAAAGUGAUCAAGGAGGUGACACAGCCUGUUGUGGUGCUACAACCACUGAUAUGUACCUCUGCAUUUAAAGAAUGCAGCCUGCUCUGUGAGGGAAACACUGAGGGGGCUGAACCUGUCACCUACAGCUGGAAGAUGGGAAACAGAGAGUGGAUGGAUGGGGAGAAGAUCAGGACCAUCACCAACGAUAAGGAGACAACACAACGUGAUAAAACGUUUUCCUGCCAGAUGAAGAACCCGAUCAGUGAGAAACAAAGUGACACCAUAAAAAACAUUUUCUUCAAAUCUGGAGUUGCUGGAUCUGUUUCUGUGGAUCUGCUUGUUGUCGUCUUGGCUGCUGUGUUUUGUGCAGGGUUUUAAAACUAAAGACUAAACUUUGUUCCUAGAAGAUCCUGCAGACUCUGAAUGUCAGUCAGUCAUGCUCGCACCUUAAUGUCAAGCAACUACAGAGGUCUGUCAACCAGAUGUGAUGUUUAAUGGUAAAAAAAAACUCCAGUUGGUAUCAGAAGUCAAAUAUCUUGGCUUCAUUUUGGACUCAAAUUUAACUUUCAAGAAAUACAUAAAGAAUGUAAUCUGUACCAUGAAGUUUGGUCUGGUCAACGUCAGAUGCCUUCAUCCAAACCUGUCAACUGAGGCAGCACAAAGUGAUAAUCUCCCAUCUAUCAUACUGCAUCACAAGCUGGAAUAACCCCAGUACGUCAGCUCAAGUCCCUCAAUAACCAAGCGCUUUAAAUCAUGGACAAGAAGCCUCACAGAUAUUACCACUGUAACAUUCAUAAGUAUAAUCUUCUCACACUGGACAAUAUCAGACUAUACUGUACAACGAUACCUGCCCCUCCGCCACUGAGCCAGAAAAGACACUACCGGAACCACAAGGUCCACAUUUAGAGGGGACUGUGUUGUUUCUUAUAGAAGGAGUAUGUUUGGAUAGUCAGCCGUCUCUGUUUGAGCAUCACGCUACUGGAGCACUCGCCAGAGAUAUAAGGACCUGUUCAGCCUUUUAUCUGUUCAAACAAACCCUCUAAAAACACUUGUUCAAACCCUAACCCUAACCCUUCAGUCAUGACUAAAGCUACAGUUUCUGUGUGUGUGCCUCACCAUCAGACUUUAUUGUGCACUGUGCUUUUACUAACUUACUAACUUUGUAUGAAUGAUGUGUUAUUUAUAGUUCAUAAUUUAAUGUCUAUUUUAAUAUUAUUUCUUUCUGUUUUCUUUUUUUUUAUUGUGCUUGGCUAGUGUCUUGGAUAACUGACACAUUAACAUUGCAGUGUGAACUAAAAUGUCGGUUAAUGUGUGUUGUCUGUGCCAAAUAAUGCUUAAAUUAAGUCAUUAAAUUAAUGAAGAACUUUGUAUUUAAACUUUUAGGGGCUGUCAUAAGAUCCUUGGUCAUCUUGUCUCUUUCAGGGGAUGUUGUGUACUUAAUAUAGAAAACAAAC